CUGACAUCAUCAGUCCAUCUCGCAACGCGUGGACGGUCGCUCGUCAUUAAAAAAACUAUAAAAAAGUCAAUAAGGAAAUAAAUGAAGGAAACCAAGUUUGCGGUUAAGUGCUUUAAAAUUGUGGUUUUGUGAUGAGACUGAUUUGACUUUUAAUUUAUAAUAUCGAAAUGUACCUGCUCCUCCUGACAGUGGCCGCUGCGCUCGCGCACCCACAAUCGAAGGUGGACGAGAACGCGUUGCUAUUGGAGAUCUUCGGCACCCCUCCCCCUCAGCAGGGUUCCACCACACUUGGGCUAGAAGACUACACAAUCCGGUCUACCGACGCGACGUCUACUUUCACAGAUGGCGCUGGGGAAUCGUGCCAAUGUGUGCCUUAUUACCUCUGCGAUGAUCAACUCAUCGGGGUCGAUGUGAACAACGCUUCAGUCACUGGAUGGGGCUCUCUAGAUAUCAGGUUCGGCAAAGAUGACUGCCAAGAGAGCGUGGAGAGAUGCUGUAAGGUGCCGCACACGGGGCCAGCUCCUACACCGCCGCCCACGCCGGCCCCGCCUGUCGGGUGUGGCCACCGCAACCGGAAGGGGAUAGACUUCAAUGUCAUUGGGGGCAGCGGAGCAGAGGCGCAAUUCGGCGAGUUCCCCUGGGUGGUCGCGCUAAUGGGUCCUCAGGGCUACAUCGGUGUUGGGUCCCUCAUUCACCCACAAGUGGUCAUCACGGCUGCCCACGUCGUUGCGGGGCAAGCACCGGGAUCACUGCGUAUCCGUGCUGGCGAAUGGGACACUCAGACGGCUAAGGAGCGUCUUCCUCAUCAGGAGAGGGAUGUGGCUGAAAUCUACAUACACUCAGAUUUCCAAAGUAAGAACUUGAAGAAUGACAUGGCGCUACUCCGGUUAUCGCAGCCCGUGGAGUUAGCUGAGCACAUAGGCCUCCUGUGUCUCCCUGAACAGGGCGAGAGCUUCGAAAGCAGCCGAGAGUGUGUCGCCAAUGGCUGGGGCAAACAUGUCUUUGGUCAGAAAGGCCGGUACGCUGUGAUCCUCAAAAAAGUUGAGUUGCCCAUUGUGCCGCACGGCAUCUGCAACCAACUGCUGCAGAGGACCCGACUUGGGCAUCGCUUCAGAUUGCACCAGAGCUUCGUGUGUGCUGGAGGGGAAGAGGGGCAGGAUACUUGCAAGGGCGACGGUGGCGCCCCCCUAGCGUGCCCAAUGGGUAACGACCGCUACAAGCUAACUGGUCUCGUGGCGUGGGGCAUCGGCUGCGGCGCGCGCGACGUGCCGGCCGUGUAUGCCGCCGCCGCCAUGUUCCGACGCUGGGUGGAUGACAAGAUGGCGGCCUGGGGCUUUGACACUAGCACUUACUCAGCUUAAUUUAAGAUUUUUUUUGAGUUUCAUAUCAAUAAACAGUUAAAUAAG